UUUGGGUUUUUUUUUUUUCGAGGGAGUGUUAUAAUCCAUCUUUCAACUUUUUUUGUGGUAUUAUUUUGCAAUAUUUCCUAAAAUGAUAGAAAUGACUAAUGAUGUGAACUUAUACCGUAUACUUUGAUCAGAAAUCUAGUAAUUAGUUUCAAGCUGCUUAAGGCCUUCAACUCAACUCUAUUGUGUGCACCAGAAGAACAAAAAAUACUUAACCUCCAUUGUCAUCUCUCUCAAUCGAUCUUUCUGCUUUUCCUAAUUUUCCAAGUUUUAGAAAACAUCUUUAUUUAGGUAUGCAUCCAUGAAGCCAUGAAGGAAAAGAAGACUACAUCAAUAUUGCAGCGCAUCUUUGUCAAUUGUAGUGCACAGGAGUUGAACUGCCAUCUUUGAGGGCGCUUCUGGUUCAUUAGUAAAGGGUACUGGCAGCUUCAGGCUGGGUAGAGGGGUCGGGAUGGCUUACAGAGGGUGAUGACUGAUGGUGAAUGGUGAUAGUACGCUCUCUGUGAAUCAAGUGGUGUUAGAUGACAGAAUUAUGUAAAAUCAAAUAGCCAAGUUGCAGGAAUUAAGAUCUUUGAGGGACGGGAGUGAAGGGAAUGCUGGCAAUCAGAAGGGAUUAUUGAUGAAGUGCAAAGAAUUAUGGAAGCUGUGUUGCAGUGAAGAUUCCAGAAGUUGAACAUAAUAUGUGCGUGAAAGAAUUUUGUGCUCUGAAGAAUUGUAUGCAGAACGUGCUUAAAGGCAAGCCUUAGUGUGGCAAAUUGAUUGAUCAGUGGGGCAAAUCUGGAGUUGCGACCAAUAGCUUUUGUAGUUGAUUUAAGAGACCACUUCAAAGGAGCUAUACGUGAUUGUUGUGUAUACCAAAAUACAUACUUAGGCUCUCAAUUCGUUUCUUUUUCAUAGUGAUCCUUGGUUAUCUAUACACAGAAAGCCGAACAAUUUUAGGGAACAAGAGAGGGCAUAUUAAUAUGAACAGCGAAGCAUCAAGUUCUCAAGCCAGUAUUGGCUUAAGUGGGUCAGGUGCUUUGUCACAUGUUUAUAUUCAGUAUCCCCCUUUGAAAUGCAGCUUCCCAGGUUCAAAGGGCUUAUUCUAUGAUGAUGGGAAUAAGUUAUUGCUAUCCCCAACAUCUGAUCAGGUUAUUUCGUGGAAAGUUGCACCUUUUGAGCCUAAUGUUGAACGUACAUCUGAUUCCGUAAGCGAAGGUCCUGUAUUAUCUGUUCGCUACUCUCUAGAUAAUAAGAUUAUAGCAAUUCAGCGGUCAAGCCAUGAGAUUCAAUUUUGGAACAAGGAAAAAGGCAACUCGUAUAGCCACAGGUGUAAGCCCGAGUCAGAGAAGAUACUGGGGUUUUUUUGGACAGAUUCCUCUGCUUGUAAUUUUGUACUUGUGAAGACUAGUGGGCUGGACAUGUUAACUUAUGAUUCUGAAUCACAAAAUAUUCAACUUAUCGAAUCCAAGCGUGUAAAUGUGAAUUGGUACAUCUACACACAUGAAAGUCGUCUUGUUCUCCUUGCUUCAGGGAUGCAAUGCAAGAGUUUUACUGGAUUCCAGCUCUCAUCUGCUGGAAUUAUUCGCUUGCCAAAGUUUGAAAUGCUGAUGGCCAAGUCUGUGGCCAAUAGUAAGCCAAUCCUAGCUGCCCAAGAUGUCCACAUAAUCACGGUUUAUGGAAGAAUAUACUGCUUACAAGUUGAUAGAGUGGCCAUGCUGCUCCAUUGCUAUAGAUUUUAUCGUGAUGCUGUUGUACCACAGGGCUCUUUACCCGUUUAUUCCAGCAAGGUUUCUGUGAGUGUGGUUGAUAAUGUAUUGCUGGUUCAUCAAGUGGAUGCAAAGGUUGUCAUACUGUAUGACCUUUUUGCAGAGUCUAGGGCGCCAGUAUCUGCUCCACUUCCGCUGCUUUUAAGGGAUUAUCCUAGAGCAAGUAUGUCUUCUACCUCUAGUCCUUGUAGCAAAGGUGAUGGACAUUCAGAGCCGAAACCAGUUGAUGAAGAUGAGACAACAAUUUACAGAGGUGGAUGGACAUUUUUUAAUCCAGAUCUUAUAUGUGAUACCAGUAGCGGACUAUUGUGGAAAAUCCAUUUGGACUUGGAUUCUAUAUCUGCUAGUAGCUCAGACGUACCCUCCGUACUAGAAUUUCUUCAGAGACGGAAGUUAGAAGCCAAUAAGGCUAAGCAAUUAUGUUUGGAUUUAGCAAGGACUAUAAUAUUGGAGCAUAGGGCAGUGGGUAUUGUUGCACAAUCAAUGGAUGUUCUUAUGACUUCUUAUUCCCGUGCAAUUAAGACGGGCAAUUACUUCAAGGGGAUAAUAGCUGAUAAAAUUCUUUCUUUUGAUGUCCAAACUGCCCAUAACCCUAGACCUGCCACUGAUGAAUUCUCCAGAGGAGAUUCAAGUGGAGGACCUAUUAAAAUGGACUCCUCUGUGAUCCCUGAUGAAUAUACUAGAUCUUCAACAAUUUCACAUUCAGAAAGUUCUGGUACAAAGAUUCAGCAAUCGUCCUUAGAGUCUGAAGUUCCUGGUCCCAGUAGUGUCCCAUUGGAUGCUAAUAAUCUAGAGCAGCAAGAAUCUCAGAUCACCACUGCUGCCAUUUCUCCUGAUGAGCUAUACCGCUUUGUAUUUUCUUCUGUAGAUGAAGAGAUGACUGGGGAUCCUGCUUAUUUGGUUGCUAUCCUUGUUGAGUUCCUUCGCAGUGCUACACUGGAAAGAAUCAGAGAGUAUCCAAGUUUGUAUGUUCUGAUGAUUCAAUUGCUAGCACGAGGUGGGCGAUUUGGAGAACUGGGCUUGUUCGUCAUUGAUAAGAUUAUUGAACCUUCAAAAGAAGUUGCUUAUCAACUACUAGAAUCUGGCCGUCAGCAUCCUCCAACAAGGAAGCUUGGAAUAGACAUGCUUAGGCAGCUAUUAUUGCAUCAUGAUUAUGUACUGUCACUGCUGCAGGAUGGAUACUAUCUUGAAGCCUUACGCUAUGCGCGUAAAUACAAGGUUGUCACUGUCCAGCCAUCUUUAUUUCUUGAAGCAGCCUAUGUCUCAAAUGAUUCUCAACAUCUGGCCUCAGUUUUAAGAUUUUUUUCAGACUUCAUGCCUGGCUUCAAAAACACAUCAGAUCAUGCUACAUAUGGCGAGAUUCUGCGCCAGAUGAAUUCUCCUUGCGUAGGUGCUUAGUUGCUUAUGUUCUCUUUAUCAACGAGUAGCCUCAGCAACAGGACAUAAUGAUGUUUAAGCUACAAAUUGUUGAUGAAUGAUGAUGAUGUAUUUAUGGUAUACCCAAAAACAAAAAGCUGAUGACUUAUAUAGUAUGUAUAAGCGACAGGUUUUGGAGGAGGAACACUGCUCGGUAAAAAUAGAUUGAGUUCAUUAUUUUUACAAAUUUGUUUUUGAGCAA